CGGUGUUUUCAUAUACGCUGCUUGUUGUGUUCGCGCGUGAUUUGCAUUUAGUUGUGUCAGCAGAGGAACGUUCGUUGGGUAUUACUGAAGCCAUAGUAUUUCUAAAUCUAAAAUGAAUCAGGUGAUUGAACAAUUUGUAGUUAGCGUGCAGGAGCUCUCGGCGCAGAAUAGGUUUCAGGAACUCAAUGACAUUCUCGUGGCAUCCCAGGCUCUGGACCCAACUCAGAUACCCCUGUCAGCGCUGGACGUAGCUUUAGAAACACUCAACGCACAUCGACAUAGCCUUGGCGUUCUGUAUAUCCUUUUGGCGAAGCAUGCCCAACUGCGUCCCAGCGACGACUAUACCGAACUGUUCAAACAAAGCAAAGAACUUAUUUUGCAAGGCAACCCUGAACAAUUGCCCCAUGCGCAAGAUCAGUUUAUUGAGUUUUGCCACCAGGUUACCACACAGCUCGUGGAACGUCAGCAACCGAUGAAAGGAAUUCAUAUCCUCCAGGUCGCUAUCGGCAAAAUUCAGUGCAUUCGAUCGCAGCUGACUGCGUUGCAUGCAGAUCUUUGUCAGCUCUGUCUGUUAGCAAAAUGUCCUCAAGCUGCCUUGCGAAUUCUUGAUGUAGACAUCACUGACGUCCUCAAAGAGAAGACACAAAAUGUUAAAUACUUUCUCCUAUAUUUCUACUACGGCGGAAUGAUCUACACGGCAUUAAAGAAGUAUGAGAGAGCUUUGUUCUUCUUUGAGGCCGCUGUCACUGUCGAAUCCAUGGUUGUGUCGCACAUUGUUCUUGAGGCUUAUAAAAAACGCAUUCUUGUAUCUCUUAUCGCGCAUGGCAAAGUCGAGCCACUUCCCACAUGGACCUCCGCAGUUGUUGAAAGGUUCGCCCGCCAACUGUCGAAAUGUUAUCAUGACCUAGAAGCUGCUUAUGGGACAUCAUCAGUGGCUCAAGUUCAUGAUCUGUGUCAGAAGAACAGCGAGCGGUUUGCCCGCGACGGCAAUACCGGCCUCGUUAAACAGUGCGUCAGCGCUCUGACCCGAAAAAACAUCAAAAAGUUGACCAAAACCUUUCUCACGUUGAGCUUGGCAGACGUUGCCCAGCGCUGCGAGCUGGCCGGUGCCAAAGAAGCGGAAAGACAACUUUUCAACAUGAUUGAAGAUGGGGAGAUCUUUGCGUUGAUCAACCAGAAGGACGGCAUGGUGAAGUUCAUGGAUAGUCCAAAUAAGUUUAACAACACCAACUGCUUCCUCGAGCUCGAACAGAAGAUGCGUCGAUACAUUGAUAUUAAUGAAAAGAUUCGACGGCUUUCGGAAGAAAUCGCUCUAGACCCCAGAUUCAUACAAAAAUCAACGUCUCACGAUGAUGAGAUGACUGGCCCCGCAGUGAGUGUAAACUAUACUCGGAGCAGCCGACUGCCUGGAUCGUUCAACCGGCUUGUUCGGGAGGUAAAUUCAUCAGGCGCUCGGGGAUCUACGUCGUGAGGUGCACGCACAUAAUUUAUUGAGGAUGAGCAAGUGUGAGGAGGAAAAAAUCUUCAUAUUUGCCAAUUAUAUUAUUACUAUAUUAUGAAGUACAAUGUACUCCGGCGUUUUGUAUUAUGAUAAACGUUAUGUAUUGUAAUAAACAACACCGCUCGUUGUC